UCCCUCUUCUCAUUCACUUUCUUCUUUCUCCUUUUCUUUUUUUUUUCCUCGCUUCUCUGUUUGCCCUGUUCGGCUGUUCCUCUUUGCUCAGCUCUGUUUCUUUUUUUACGGCAAAACAAAGGAAGAAAACAAAAUAGUGUUAAGCGUACCAUAGAGGGAAGACAAGAAAUAAAAAGAGAGAUAGAGAGAAAGAAAGGGAAAAAAAUGGUGGGUAAGGUUGUGGAUGAUGAUGAUUUGGUGGAGAUGAGCAUCAUAAUCGCUCAUGGAGGUCCCUCUUCAUCUCGAUUCCUCGAUGCUUAUCCCAAAAGGGUUUUGAUGGAGGGGAGAUCAUGUGGUGAUUGAUUUGAUGAUAGUGAUGAUGAUGAUGAUGAUGAUGAUGAAGGUGUUUAAAAGGUUGUUAUUUUGUUGAAUUCUUUGUUUUUUGGGGGAAAUGGAAAAACUCAAUCCACCAGCAACAACACCUACCCCUCCCAACGGAUAAGCUGAAAUGGGAGAUUCUCUCCUCACGGCCUUGUCAAUGGAGAAUCAUCACCCUUCCACUCUCUUAUCCAUGGAUUCAAGCGCUUCCUCUCAUGACGAAUUGGAUUUGGAAAUGAAUAGGCAAAUUGUUCUUUCUCGUCCGCCUGAUAUCAAUCUGCCUCUCUCUGCUGAGCGUAGCCCUCCCCUACAGCAAUGGAACUCUGACCAGUGUGAUAUUUUGGAUGUCGGGCUCCAUUCACAAGUUUAUGAGACUGAGAGCUACCUCACUGUUCCCAAGCCAGGACGAAAAUGUGCCAAGCGGGUAGAUAGCAUCUGGGGUGCUUGGUUUUUCUUUAGCUUUUACUUUAAGCCUGCUUUGAAUGACAAAUCGAAGGCCAAGAUUAUCCGUGAUAGCAACGGUGUUACUGGUUUUGAUAAAUCAGAUCUCAAGCUGGAUGUUUUUAUGGUUCAGCAUGACAUGGAGAACAUGUACAUGUGGGUUUUCAAGGAGAGACCUGAGAAUGCAUUGGGUAAGAUGCAGCUUAGAAGUUACAUGAAUGGGCAUUCUCGGCAAGGGGAGCGUCCAUUUCCGUUCAGUGCAGAUAAGGGAUUUGUCCGAUCACACAGGAUGCAACGGAAGCAUUACAGAGGACUGUCAAACCCCCAGUGUGUGCAUGGAAUUGAGGUUAUUCCAUCACCAAAUCUCAUGGCUCUUGACGAGGAAGAACAGAAAAGAUGGAUGGAUCUUACUGCACGGGAUUUAAAUUUUACAAUUCCACCUGAAGCUAGUGAUUUUAGUUCAUGGAGAAACCUUCCAAACACAGAUUUUGAGCUAGAGAGGCCUCCUACCAUAAAGAGUGUAUCAAAUUCCCACUCAAAGAAGCUGCUUAAUGGAUCUGGGCUCAAUUUGUCUACUCAGCCAUCUAGCCAUAGCAACGGUGAUGGAAUGGACUUGUCACUUGUCAGCAACAAAAGGAGGAAAGACUUUUUCCCUCACGGAAGUGAUGAAGAUUUCAUUUUAUCUGUCAUUCCUCCAUCUGACCGAAUUCCUGAUAUGGAAAUUCACCCCAGUGAGCCACUCUGGUUGAAUGACUUCAGUGGGGUAAUGAAAAAUGUCUAUGGGCCUGUUACAGCUGCAAAAACUAUCUAUGAGGAUGAAGCAGGUUACUUGAUCAUUAUAAGCUUGCCUUUUGUUGAUCUUCAGAGGGUUAAGGUCUCUUGGAGGAAUACUCUCACUCGUGGUAUCAUAAAGGUAUCUUGUGUGAGCACAUCUCGCAUGCCUUUCAUCAAGAGACAUGAUAGAACUUUCAAACUAACAGAUCCUGCUUCUGAGCAUUGCCCUCCUGGGGAGUUUGUUAGAGAAAUUCCAUUGUCAACUCGAAUUCCUGAAGACGCUAACAUAGAAGCAUAUUAUGAUAGGCCAGGAUCUGUGCUAGAGAUUAUGGUGCCAAAACUGCGGGUGAUGCCUGAAGAACAUGAAGUCCGUGUUUGCCUUCGCCCUAAUCUUGGAGGGAGUGAUCUCAUGUUGAAAUGAAGUAGAGCAUCUAUGGAGAAUUGUAAGGGUAGUUGCUAUGGUUGGUGCUUAAUUGUUUUUACUAACUUUGUACCAUACAGUGUAAUCUAUGAAACAGAAUGUAUUCUCUCACUUGUCUCUUUCGCAAUUUUUGCUCGCUAAUUUUUGUGGUUUUUUCUCCAUGAUUCUGGUUAGCAUUUGACUGUAACCAUAAUAUAUUUCAGACUUACAUUUGAUUUAUUUAUAACGAUACUAUACCUUUUGGCUA